UUGAUCAGUGUGGUGUGCCUACGCCCAACCUUUCAGUUGCGCCUUCCAUCAUCCUACCACCUUCCUCCACACCGGACCAAGUGACGAGGAACGCCUUCGCCUCUACGCUCUUGUCAGCCUCGAACUCACCAGUUCAUUGCAUUAUUUCCAUCCAAGUUAACAUCAUCUUGCCUCGAAUGCGACAGUUCCACCGCACAUCUCGAGUAUGGCUAUAGUAAGGGGCAGGGGCGUAGUGGAGCAGAUCGACCAGGAGAGUCGUUCCUCAAGCGCCCACGACCUUUUGAGCUCCCGGUCGGUUUCCGCAUCAUCUUCCACUCCACCGACCACCAUCGAGAGCGACAUACCUCCGUGUCAAAAGCCAACCCCUGACACGAAUAUCACAAAUAUCGACCAAGGCCAUGAAGCCGGAGAAUCCCGGCGAAGGAGCGUGCGAGAGCGCCAUACCCUCACAAGUUAUAAUUUGAACGUCCUCUCGGGAACUGCGAAGCAUGGGGUAAGAAAGUCUGUCAGUGGGGCUACCCUUGUGAAUCCUAGCCAAGCAGAGGAUCAGCUGCAGCCCUUGAAUGAUAAUCACGCUUUGUUGAAUGGCAAUGAGAUGAGUGGUCCGCUUGCGAGCCUAGGACGCUCUGAACGCGAGCGGAGACCAUCUCGACGAAACACUGUCAUUGGCGCCGUAUCCGAUAUUGCGUCGUCCCUCGGAAAACGAGCAAGAGAUGUAGUCGAGAACAGCAACAGUCUUUCAGUGCUGCGGCGCAUGUCGUCAAGAUCAGGGCAGCGAACGCAUUUCUACGACCAAGACGGGACUGAGCAUGACACGUCCCGGGCGAAACGAAGCAGGCUUUCCCACGCCGACAACCUGGUCAGCAGUUCUGCAUCAAGUGAGAUCGUGGAAUUGACGGCGCCAGAGCCGAAGCGCAAGAUGUGGCAAGAGCAUGGUCUGUAUGCUGGGCAGGUCCGCCUCUAUGAGCCGAACUUCGAUCAUCCGACCUAUCGAGGAGGCCAGCAGCCAAAGCUUCUAGAAUCUCCUGGGAAGGAACGGAAAUAUCUGCCGAUGCCCAUGUUCGUAGGGGAACUCAAAAUUCGGCAAGGCCAGGAUUUCCGGUUGCCAUAUGAUGUUCUGAGUCUGCUGCCUUACGAAGCGAAGCCUAAAGAUGGCUGGGUGUUGAAAGAGACAGUACCUAAGAGCCGCUACAUGGGUUACGCUGCCGAGUAUAAACUCAUCGAUCACCACGGGCAGUCAUUCUGCCGCUGCACUCUCGCGUCAGGCUGUGCGGAAGACUGCAUGAACCGGACUAUGCAUUUUGAAUGCGACGACAACAACUGCAACGUCGGUGCUCAACAUUGCCAGAAUCGCCAGUUUGCCGUACUUUCUCGUCCUCGUCGCUUGAAUGCGUUUGAACGAGGCGUUGAAGUCAUGGAAACGAAAGACCGCGGUUUUGGUGUACGUUCGGUACGCAGCUAUCGGCCUCAUGAAAUUAUCAUCGAAUACACGGGAGACAUCAUCACCCAAGAAGAAGCUGAUCGACGGAUGAACCAAGAAUAUAAAGAUCACAAGAACUUUUAUAUGAUGACUCUGCAAGAGAACUUGAUCAUCGAUGCUGGGGGUAAAAAAGGAUCAAUCGCUAGGUUUGUGAACCACUCAUGCGAUCCGAACUGCUAUAUGGAUCGAUGGACCGUCCGUGGCGAAGAACGAAUUGCGCUCUUUGCUGGUGACUUUGGCAUCUCCACUGGAGAUGAACUGACUUAUGAUUACAAAUUCAGGUAAGAUAUUCACCAAAAACACAACAAACCAUAAUUAACAGGUGUACCAGUCCGUUCUCUGCCGACAACGUGCAGAGUUGUCUAUGCGGUUCCCCAAAUUGCCGGGGUGUCCUAGGACCUAAACCGAACGAGCCCAAACCGAAGAAAGGCGGGCCUAUUACCACCGCAACUAUCUCUUCAUCGGCAUCCCAGU